GUUCUCUGCACCGGAGAACGUUGUUCCCAAUCUGUACUCGCAGUGUUUGCCACUGCGAGAUGGUCGCUAGCUGCUUUUGACGGUUAGUUUAUAGAUCGUUACGUUUGCGGAAGGUUUGCUGUUCGGCCAGCAGCUCGGUGCAGAAUAUUCAGCAAUAUAGACCUACCAAACCCAAACCAGACACAGAAUGGCCGUUUGGGGGAAAGUGAAAAUAGCCAGUACCACCACCACCUCCAAAGCUCCGUUGGCGCGCACUCCAAGCAAAGCCGGUUCAUUGUUCAGCGAGACGCUGACGGCGGCCCUGGGAAAACGGAAGAGUAAAUUCAAGGACAUCACCGACGAGCUCAAUCAGCACAUUAACAACGAGGAAAGGGAGGAAUUGUACCAGCGGCCGCUGUUCAACGCGGACAAGAUCCGUCGAAUGAUGGAACGCAUUGUCGAAAAGCAGUUCGACGUGGACGAGGAGGAAAUGCGCUACGUCUACAAUCCGGCAAAAAACCUCAAGAUGUGCCAGAACAUUUCCAAGCAGAUCAAGGAUCGGUUGAAGACGAUGAACUUUAAACGACACCGUAUCAUCAGCAUUGCAACGAUAGUGGAAAAGCAGCAGCAGGGAAUACACUACAAAAUGAAGUAUAUCCUCGACCCAAAGCUGGACGAUUAUGUGCGUUUGUACCACGAAACGCCACACUUUUACAUCAUCGCAACGGUGUUGCUGGUACACAAGGACUAG